CCCAGGGAGGGCGGGCUGGACAUGAGCCGCGCGGCCGGGCUGCGAGCGGCGGCCGGAGGCUGAGCAACAAAGAAGUUUCCCCGGCGGCGCGGAGCGGAGCUCCCCUUCCUCAUGCACGCCCCCGGCCGCCGGCCCUGGGGCCCUGCCCGGGGGGCGCCCGCCGCCGACCCCGGCGCGGAGCCCCGAGCGGCGCUGCACAGCAGCCCGGACCUCAGCCGGGCCACGCGGCUCAGCGUGGGGGAGCUGCGCUCCCUGUUCGAGGCGCGUUGCGCCGCCGUCGCCGCCGCUGCCGCCCGGCAGCUGCCCGACCCGGCGAAGCGGGGCUGCCGGCCCCCCAACGGCGUGCUGCCGCCCGUCAUCCCGCGCCUCACCGUCACCGCCGAGGAGAGCGAGGAGGCGCAGGGCAGCCCGAAGGCGCCGCCGGCGCGCCCGGAGGGCGGCUGGCUGAGGACGGACAGCUCGCUGCACCUGCAGUCUCGCAGGCUCUCCACCUCCUCGCUCUCCUCCACGGGCUCCUCGUCCCUCCUGGAGGAUUCGGAGGACGACGUGCUGAGCGACACGGAGGGCAGGAGCCAGGGCAUCGUGCACCUGGAGCGCGGCGAGGACUCCAACCAGAAAAAGGCAUGGCAUACAAUUAAAACCAUGGUUAACUUACCAGUGAUUAGCCCCUUCAAGAAACGCUACUCAUGGGUUCAGCUGGCUGGGCAUACAGGGAGUUUCAAGGCAGCUGAUAGUGGUAAGAUUCUCAAGCGCUUUUCAGAGAAUGAAAAGGAAUGUUUUGAGCGAUUGAUGAAAGACCCACUGCGAUCCUGCGUCCCUUGCUUCCAUGGUGUGGUGGAGAGAGAUGGGGAGAGCUACAUUCAGCUGGAUGACUUGCUUACUGAUUUUGAAGGGCCGUGUGUGAUGGACUGUAAGAUGGGGAUCAGGACGUACCUGGAAGAAGAGUUGACUAAAGCCCGUGAGAAACCAAAGCUGCGUAAAGACAUGUACAAGAAAAUGAUUGAAGUGGAUCCUCUUGCUCCCACAGCUGAAGAGAAUGCUCAGCAUGCUGUCACCAAGCCCCGAUACAUGCAGUGGAGGGAAACGAUCAGCUCUAGUGCCAACCUGGGCUUCAGGAUUGAAGGGAUUAAGAAGGCAGAUGGAACAUGCAACACAAACUUCAAAACUACGAAGACACAGGAGCAAGUUCUCCAGGUUUUUGUGGAGUUCAUUGAGGGCAACACGACUAUUCUGAAAAAAUACCUCAAGCGUCUGCAGGAAAUUCAUAUCAUUCUUGAAUCCUCAGACUUCUUCAAGCGACAUGAGGUCGUUGGAAGUUCACUACUUUUUGUACAUGAUGGCAGUGGGAAUGCCAAUGUGUGGCUGAUUGAUUUUGGGAAGACCACCCUUCUUCCUGAUGGGCAGACACUGGAUCACAGGAUCCCCUGGCAAGAAGGCAACAGGGAGGAUGGGUACUUGCUGGGACUGGACAAUUUGAUUCGCAUCUUGGAAAGCAUCACUGAAAGAUGAGUUGAAAGUGGCACAAAACUUACAGGGCUGCUUUGUAACUAACUUUCUUCUCUCCUGAGACCACUCAGAAGGAAACCUUUCUUUAACUAGUUCCCUCCAAACUCCUGAGGUCGUCACAGUGCAGAGGGAACUACAUCCAGAACCCAGCAGCAAGUUAUCAAAAUGACUUUGCAUCAGCCCUCUGUGAACGUAAAUAACUAACUCCAGAUUGUUCUGUAUUGCACCAGCCUAAUGUAAGACUGGUCCUCAGAGAAUCGAGAUCUCCAUACUCAGGAAUCACACCAGCAUGAGUCAAGAGGUCUGUAUGGUAAACCAGAAUGAUUCUGAUUUCUGGUAAACUGAUGGGACUUCCAGAUUACCUCGUAGUGAUCCAGAGCAAGUGCGUGGGAAUUCAGGGGAGGAAUAACAAUUUUUCAGGGAACUGGAUAGCUUUGAAAACAGCAGGAGUGUUUUUUUUCUUUUGCCCUGGUCCCAAGUCUUCUUGCUCCUGUGUAUACUACAGGUUGGACUAACAACAGCUGCUGCAUUGUGUUAUAGGGGUACUUGAGGUGGAAACUGGUGAUAAUCAGAAGAAACCUGGAGCAAAGUGAGACAGCAGUUUGUAGUGGCUGUAUGUGGUAACUGUUGUUGAUUAGUCCUCCUCGUCCCCACCCUAGCCUCAAUUCACUUCUGUCCAAGAACAGCCAUUGCUUUUUAUGUAGCCUCUCAGGAGAUUACAGAUACUCCAGGGAGAGAGUAGCAGCCUGUUGUCUCCAGAAACAUUUGACUUUCAGACUGGGUGGGCUGUUGGAAAAGUGCCUAGCUUGGCAAGUUUGGCCUCUUGCAGCUGAACUACAGCUGUGAAAAUCAGUGAUAACACUCUAGCACUCAGACUGGGGAACUAAGGGGUUUUUCAAGGCAUGCUCAUUUUUAACGUAAAACCGCUGUACACAUGCACAUACAUGCACACACUAGUAGCCAGCAACCAAUGUGAUCUUUUAAGAUCGUGGUUUGACUGUCUUCUAAUGCACAUGAAAGAGGUGAUUUCUUGGCCAUGCUCCUAUUCCCAAGUACAGUGCUGCCACUUAAGUGUGUAGACUUAUAUGUAUAAGUAUAUAGAUGUACUUAUAUACAUAUAUACAUACUUAAACUUAUAUAAAAGUGUAUAGUGCAGCAAUCAGGAAGGUGAAGUUUCUGCAUUCACAGCAUUACACUAAUGAUCAUUCCUAGACAUUCUUCCUCCAAUGUAUCAGCUGUUAACUCAGGGCAGUUUGAGGGAAGGAAUGUCAGUGUAUCACAUCCCUUAGUCCCUACCUGGAAUCACAGGGCCGCUUGUGGUUUACUCUUUUCUGCUGUGGCCCAGGCACAGCCACAGACAAUUCACAGUGAUUCACAGUGUUUAGAUUAAAAUCAAGAAAGACCGAAGUGAUGCUUUUUCUUGUAAUGGCUUCACAUACCAUCUCUGUUGGUUGCCUCUUGUCACUUUAACAGUUCUAUAAAUACUAACAGGAUAUAAAGGCUAUCAGUAUUCACCUGUUCACUUACAUUCCAUGUUUUAAUAGAAAUAUACGUUGAUAUGUUGAUGCAGUUUCCAAAAUGAGGACAAGGCUUAGAUUAGCGUUUGAUUAAUUCUCUUUUAACGUCUUAAGCUGGUAAUGUACAUCGAUCAGAAACUGCUGUUUCUUGCCAGUGUCCUGUGCUCAGAAGAGAUUCCAAGAACUUCAGGAUCUAUGAAGGUAACUCGGUGCUUUGGGGAGCAGCUCUUUCAAGAAUAACUAACUGUGACCAUGAGCAAAAAUCCUGUAGAGUGUAGCACUGGAUAGAAUGCAUCUAUAACAGUUGUAAUUAGAAUCAAAGGGAAAUCAGAGUUACUUUUGAUAAUCUGAUCUCAUAGUAUAAGAGUCUGUUUAAUAACUUUUUCAUCACCUCUAAAUGAAACAUCAGUAUUAAAAAGGCAAUUGUGCCCUAAAGGUUAGAGGACAUAGAAUGUGUAUCCUGUGGGAAAUAGCGAGGUAUGGAGACAUUUCAUUGUCAAACAAACAGAGGUUGUUUGAAACUGAUAAUUAUUUUUGGAGUUCAUUGCAAAUUCAGACUUCUUCUGUGGCCUUCUAGAGUCCUUUUCAAUUUUAUUUUCGUGAUAGUAUGCUAAUGAAUUUUCCACUGUUUUUUCCAGAGGCUUUUUUAGCUAUUUCAAAGAGUUUACACUUUUUUUUUUUAAGUUGUGGUGAGCUUUCAGUAUUGAGCAUGCAUAUUAUAAUUCCAGAUGCCUCCUAACUUUGGAAUUGCUAUGAGAUGACAGAUUAAUCUGGGGUGAUUUUCAUAAAAUUAAUUAAGAAAAAGUCUUCCUCCUUUCCUGCAGCCAGCAGGUAAACUAUCAAUCAGCUAGCAGUGCUUAAGGAGGAAAAAAAAAUAAAUACAUCUCACAGGAGGGACCUUUAAUAACAAGACCUUUUCUAUAAGACUGCAGUUUCAGGACUUUAAAAAAAAAACAAAACUGGAAAAUAUUAAGUAAAGUAUAAUGAGACAGGGUGAUACAAACAGUGGUUUGCCUAAUUAACUUUCAUAAGUCUUUUUUCUGUUAACACAGGUGAACCCUUUGCACCAGCGCAAGUUAUUUUUUGGAUGGGGGGUGGGAUUUAGAGGGUCAAAGUUAGCUGUUACUCAAAUGUCACUUGAGAAUAUGUCAUGAACUUUUAGAAUUAAUGUCCUCUUGUUUUAAAGGAGUAGAAGCAGUGUAGUAGCAGUAGCUUCAAAAACCUGACUGCUGCCAGCACCUCAAAGGGUGGUUUGCAGAACCUAGUCUUGGAUAUAACUAACUAGGGAACCUGUUCAGUGCUGUGCAGUAGGUGAGAAGAUGGGGGGGCUGAAAAAGAAAGGCUCAAUGACAGCAGUCCUUGUUCUGGAAACUCAUUCUAGAUGCUAAAUAGUUUAGCAAGUUUGUUUUGAAGUGACUCUUUGGCUUGUCAAAGGGCUAGAAAGGAAGAAACCACAAUCUAACAUUCUGCUGCUGUUACAGGAAAGGUGCAAAGGAAGGAGCUUUUCAUUAGUAAAGGACAAGUGUAGGACUGCAAAGGUGAGGACUGGAGCUCUCGGGCUGGAGGCUGUGAGCUCAUGAGCAAAUUAUCGCAGGGUAAGUUAGAUAACCUUGAUUCACAUCAGAAGUCCCGGAGUGCCUCUUUGUGUACAUUCACGUGCUACUGUGAGGAAGCAGCAUAGCAGCUUUCUUUCACUAUGAGUAAGUUGCCUUGAACAAGCUUACGUUUGUGCAAAAUCAACAUGCACAGGCAUUUGCCAUAUAAGAGCUGAUGCACAAUAACCACGGCACUUGCUCACAUACAAGUCCAAAACACAAUUCUUUAAAUGCUUCUGCUGAAAUAUUGCCUCACUCUGGAGACACUGAAAUCACGUGUUUCCACAGCAUGGUAAGGUAAGAUACGCUUGUCCAGGUGCUGAGCAGCUAACCUCUGAGUUAGGCACCAAGGUCAUUAAGCGUUCGGUACUGUAGCUGCUGCAUGCCUGUGUAAAUCUAGCAGUAGGACUUCUCUUCCCCAGCUUUGACAAUGCCUUGUGUUUUGGCCUUGGGCAGCUCUCCUUCGCCUCAGUUUUGUUCCUGUUUUACAGAUGGUAAUAGUACCUCCUUACCUCAUAGAAUGGUAUACAGCUGUACUUCUUUUUUUGCCUGCAAGAUGCUGUGAGAUUCUUUGGCGGAAGGUGCAAUAUAAAAAGAAGUACAUGAAGAAAUAGAUAAGUUUAAAAAUGAUAGGUGUUAAGGUUCCCAUGGAUAUACAUUUGGAUUACGUUUAACCAAAGUGAUGCAAAUUAAAUGCCUCUGUAUUUUACAUGUGGAAUGCUCACUUACCAUCUGAUUUAGUUCCAAUGACAGGGAAAGAUUUCAGUGGGAUUUGAACUAAACACUUGAGUAUCUCAUAGGGCUCUUGCUUUUUUUUUUUUUUUUUCCUGGUAUUGCUAUCGUUAUUAUUUUGUUAUUCUUACAGUACUGAGAUCAAAGGGCCUGUAUCAUCAACAGUGCUUCUGUUCCGAACACUACAAUGCAAUGCUGACUGUGGUCACUUUUGACUGUAUUGGCUGAGUGUUUGUUACUCUUAAGUGUGUAUGCUAAUAAAUACAUGAGACUGAAGGAAAAAA